ACACUGAGUAUGCUCUUCUGCUAUUGGCUGAUAAUGUUUCCAGAAACAUCAUCUUUGUGAGACACAUUUUGAUGAGGUACCAGUGGUGGCCACAGCGACUCCUCUGCUGCUGCUGGCUGUUACUGUGUUUGUCAUCUCCAUCCUGUCCAGGACUGUGUACAAGUCAUACUUCUUCCCGCUCAUCUCCAACCCUCGAGCAGUACAACAGGCAAGUGGCUGAUGGACCCAAACCACCAGAAAACUGCAGAGAGAAACAUCCUGAACAUAGAGGACUUCCAGGUGGCGGACAUACUCGGGGAGAGAAGCCCUAUCAUUGUCCGUCCUAACUUCCAGCCCUCCUCAGAAGAGGACCUACAUGAAGACACCUCUGUGCUGCUGAUCAGUCACCUCAUCGUCAGACUGUCGACCCUCGAACUGGACACAGAGUAUGUCUCUGACGCUCCAAUAACCACAGAGCAUCAACUAGCUUGUGCCCAGUCCUCCUGUCACCCUGACUACACAGUGAACUGCUGUCAUCCUGACACAGUUUUCAUAUCUGAGGAGAGCCGAGAGGCUGACGCUGCUCUGCUGCAUCAGACACAUGAAGCUAACAGCUGGUUUCCACAGAAAGAGAGCAGACAGGCUGACUUUUCAGAGACGUCCCAUCAGAAAUUAACUGCUGUAAAUGCUGUUUUCGUGAACUCACGGCUAACACAAAGUCGCUGUGCUUGUCAGAUGACCUGUGAGGCAGAAUAUGAAGUAAACUCUUCCUUUCUGGGGAAAAAAGAUGUUGAAACAGUGAGUGGACAGAACAACUGUUCUUAUCUGAUCUGCGAGCCUACUUAUGUAGCAAACAGUUUGUUUACUGAAAAACCUGCAGACAGAACCACCAACUUCAGUACUCCAUGCUCGGUCAAUUGCACAGAUGGAAAAAUAAGAAGAGGCUACAGCCCAACCUGUGACUCUUUCAGACAGGAUGAGAUGAGUAAAAACAACAAUUGUGUGAGGUAGUAUGCAGAACGAAGAGUAACACAUAAUCCUACAAAGUAGCUAAUUAGAAUGCAACAGACUGUGAAUGUGAAUCAUCACAAUAUUGAGUUUCUUCUGGUAUCCUUGUCCUCUUGAUUUUUCACUCAAGUACGAUCAAAGAACAGAGUUACAAAACUCUGCAAAUUCAUCGUCAGGAAAAUACACAAAAUAAACUUCCACCAUUCUUCUUUACAGCAAAACUGUUGCUGCAAAUGCAUUAAACAUGUUGUGGGCAUCAGUGUAUUUGGUGGUAUAGUUCAGUAAGUUGAACUUUAGCCACAAAAGCUGGUUUUAGUGUGAAAGUGCUCAGUUUGCUUGUUAGCCACUAUUGCCAGUGUUAACAUUUUCAAUGUUUUCCAGGAAACAUUUAGCACUUUAUCACGCUAACGUUAGCAUAAUAACCCAUAAAAUGAAUGUUAGCUUGAUAGCAUGGUUAUUAUUAUUUUACCAUGGUCUAUCAGUCCAAGACACAGGUGACCAAAACAUUCCUGGAUUCUGACAAGGACUUUUGUUGCAUGACAGCACAUACAAGGGGGGGAAAACAUGCAUACAGUUGUGUUGCCAUACUAAUGUUUACCAUGUUAACAUCCUUACUUUUACAACAGUGACAUGUUAGACAAAAUCUGCCACAGACAAUGAGAAGUACUUAUAUUAAGCAAUUUAAUAUUUCCUGUUCAUUUCAGUUUAUGGAAAGGUUGUACAUCAGCGUCAAUGAUCAGCCAUUUUGCUGUUUUGACUUUGGUGUAGUGAAAUUGUACAGGCAUCAUCCUGUCAACCCUCUCAAAGAGUACGGUCUAGAACUGCUCUACAUGAUAACUGCAGUGAGAUAACUUCUGUUAUGAAUUGGCACCAUAUAAAUAAAAUUUAAUCCAUUACCGCAUAGAUUAGCAGAAAAUCUGUUUUGCUCUUAUAAUCAAUUAAUGAAUCUUCUUAGCUAAGUGUACUGUAUUAGACUACACUUCAUAAAUACAGAUGGCUGACAUUUGAUUUGAGAAAGAAAUCCAUCCGACAAAGCUGAUGCCUGAAACUCUUUCCUGAAAAAGUUUGUCUAAUUGUAAAAAUGUCAUCAUGCUUCAACAUCAAAAUAGUUUCUUUUGUUACUGUAUAAUAGAAGGUUUAUUCUUUAAAUGUCUGUGGUGUUAUAAUUUAUCUGAACUCUGGAAAUGUAGCCACGGUCCACUUGGCUCAUAGAACUGUUUCUGUUAAUAGCUGAGUGAUGUAAAUACAGCUUGCAGAUAUUAA